AUGGAGGAUAAACUUGCUGAGCAAUUGAAUAUCGUCAUCAAGUUUGAAAUGAAGACAAGACAUAUGUGUGAAAACUGGGUGCUGAAAACGCUCGAGUUGCGAACGAAAAUUCACUUUAUUGCAGAUAAGCCAAAGGCACAACCUCGCUGUUUGGAGCAACUCUAUAGCAACUCUAUCUGGGCUGAUGUUCUGAAAUUGGUCGUGCUAAUUUGUAAAGCAAAAGCAGACCCUGUUAAGAGAAGCAGCAGCAUGGACAGAUUAAGAAUUGGAAUAAGAAACUGUCGGCAACAGAAAUGA